AAUAUAAUAAUGGACGCAAAGACAUGGAAUGUUGUCGUCUCAGACGCCGCCAAUAACACAACCAACCCUAUUAGAGCUAUUGUUGACACUGGUCGAUAUAAGCCAAACCCUGAAAAGGUUGUCAUUCCCCUGUCAAUCGGUGACCCAUGUGUCUUUGGCAACCUCAACUCUGAUCAACUCGUAAACGACACUCUCAUUGCAAACAUCAACUCCAACAAGUUCAACGGUUAUCCACCUUCAAUCGGAUAUGAAGCAGCCAGAGCUGCCAUUGCAAAGUUUGUAGAGACUGAGACAUCACCAUUGACUCCAGCUGAUGUUAUUACUGCUUGUGGCGCAUCGGGUGCCAUCGAGCUGUCUUUGACUGCUCUGCUGAAUCCUGGCGACAACAUAUUGAUCCCAAAGCCUGGCUUCUCACUGUAUGAGUGCAUCUCCAACAGCAAGGGAUUCAACGUCAAGCACUAUAACCUCCUGCCAGAGAAGUCUUGGGAGAUCGACAUUGAGCAUCUCAAGUCCCUGAUCGACGCCAGAACCAAGUGCAUCAUGGUCAACAACCCAUCUAACCCAUGUGGUAGCAACUACUCUGUUGAGCACCUCAAAGAGAUAUUGAAGGUUGCCGACGAAUAUUGUAUCCCCAUCAUCUCUGACGAGAUCUAUGCUGGCAUGACCUUUGGCGACAGUGUCUUCACUCCAAUGGCUGCCUUGACCAAGACUGUUCCAAUCCUCUCCAUUGGUGGUAUUGCCAAGAGAUUCCUUGUUCCAGGUUGGAGACUUGGUUGGGUUGCCGUCCACCAUCACGGACAAUUCGAACAUAAACAACAGAUUAGAAAGGCUAUUCACUCAUUGUCACAGCUCAUUCUUGGACCAAACUCAUUGGUUCAGUCAAUCCUUCCAACUAUCCUUGACAAGAACAACGCCCAGAUUAACAAGUUCUUUGUUGAUGUCAACAAGACACUUGAGAGCCACUCCACAUUCACCUUUGACACUUUGUCCAAGGUUGAGGGUCUUGCACCAAUCACAUCAGGUGGAACGAUGUAUCAAAUGAUUGGAUUGGACACCAGCAAGUUUGAGGAUAUCAGCGACGACGUUGAGUUCAUGGGCAAGCUGCUCCAGGAGGAGAGUGUAUUCGUCCUUCCAGGCACAGUGUUUGGAAUGAAGAACUACUUCCGUAUUGUGUUCUGUGCUCCAUUGGAGAAGUUGGACGAGGCAUACAAGAGAAUCCAAGUGUUCUGUGACAAGCAUCGCAAGAAGGUCGUCGUCACUGACGCCGGUGAUGUACAA